AAACACAAAUACACUACUCCGAGGAGCCAUCUGAUCAAUUGAAAUUUAUAUGCGUAUCAGCUUUCUCGAUCAUUCUCGGCCCAUUACUAAUCCCUCAAGACGCUCUCCUAAAGACGUCGUCGGAUUGUAACGAGGGUCUCGCCUUUACGAUCUUCAACCCACCGCCAGUUGAUAGGCACCUGCACCUGCACCUGGACCGGCACCGCACCCCCACCAAACGGCACAUCCCCAUCAUACUCCACUAUUGUCCCUCGUUCUCUCCCCUAUCGCGGGGAGCCACUCACCACAACUACAACAUCAUUCAACAUCAACACCAACACCAAGAUCAGCACAUCUCCGCCAUCACAAACAUGGUCUCCUCAACACAACUACCACCCCCAGGUCAGCAGUCGUAACUCUCCUUCACCGCUUUCCCUUCUCCCCAUCUAUAUCCUCGUUUGAUGCAUGGCACAAGGUUGCAAUGCAGACUAUCCUGAUAACAUGUCCGUGUUGAUGGGGGUCAUCUGCUCGCUUGACUGAUGCGUUGGCAGUUGUUGCAAUCGGCCUUCCUUCCGCCUCUCCCGCUGCUAAGCAGCCGCCAAAGAGCAGGGUUUGUCGUUAUUUCCGCAAGACAGGUAUUUGUUUUUUUUAUUUUCCACUUAAUAUUUCUAUUCGUUGGGGAUAGCCUCCUAUGCAAACCCACUGGCCUGCAGACGGGCGUGUUGUGCAGCAUGCUUUGUCAAUCCCGUGAUUUAGCUCGAGCCAAGCAUAAGAGCGGUGCACAAUCGUGGAAAUGACUGUUGGCAUGGCUUUUGUCAUGAGGAGGCGGUGAUACACAAUUGCUCAACCCAAAGUUACACUGGGCGGAAACACAAGAGACCUUGGGGCUGGCAGAGGUCAUACAAAUUAUCAUCGCUGAUACAGUUUUAGGAACAUGUCGAGCGGGCGACAACUGUUCAUAUCUACAUAGUAAUGAGAAGUUUCAAUCCCAAGUAGGACAUGGAGAGAGCUCGGAUUUAGUCCAAGAUAGACGUCAAGCAGUGACUCAGCCCAUUGCUUCACGUAUUGUACCAAAGCCUGUUUCACAAGUCCAACCCCAAGAUCCCCGCGAAUACCAACUUGGACAAUUGCGAAGACGUUUCUCGCCCAAGGAACUCAAGCAGCCAGAUGGCACCACGAUACUGAAAUUCACCCUGACACCUUCUGAUCCAGAUUUCCCUUUUGAGAUGUCAGCAUUGGAAUGCAGUUUAUACGUUCCACCGGGAUACCCGAGAGAUAUCGUAUCCUUGAAGGUUGGCAAUAAAGAAAUACCGAGAGGUUUUGCUUUGAAUAUCGAAUUCGGCUUCAGUAAUCUGAUUGAUCAUCCGCCUAACAAAACACUUUUAGAGUUGGUAAAAGCACUUGACAAAAACCUGGAAUCAUUUCUAUCGGCGCCCAAGGCAGAUACGGUGAAACUUGUGCCCAAUAAAGAUAGGCGGCAUCUUUUGACAACACCCGCGCGUUCGGUUGAGCCAGCCACUGCAUCAAGCAAGGCUGAUAGUCUGCAGCCUAUGCAGUCAGCAACAACGGUCUCCACAAAAUCAAAUGAAGCUGCAGCAAAACCAGUUGUAAUUUUUACUGCGCAACAGAAGGCUGAAGCAUCCAAAAGACGAGAAAAUGAGGUCAGACAACUCGAAGCGAGGAUGGGUCGCCUCCCCCUUUAUCGAAAGUCAGCUGAUGGGAUCGCUUACACACUUCCUGUUGAACCUCGAAGACGUUCGGAACUUCCCACAGCCAUACAAGCUGUAAAGUCUGUACGGCUGUUUGUUCCAUUGCUCUAUCCAUUACAGUCAUGUCGUAUUCAACUAGAAGGAGUUGACCUAGAUGACUCUAAAGCUGUGGAAAGGGGUUUUGAGCUGAGGACAAGCGAGCAGAAAGAGACAACACUAAUGGGCCAUAUCAAUCAUCUUGCACAAAAUAUGCAUGUUUUUGCAAAGACCAUUCUUGAAUCAAAGCCCAUUACUGCAACCAUAGUCUCACGACCGGCCAUGUCAGAAACAGCCUCGUUGGACAAAGGAAAAGGGGUCGAAGGUCAGCAAGACACCGACCGAAGUCACAUUCAAUAUAUUGCUCGACCUCCUGAAUGGACAACCUUACAUCAUGAAGAACAUUCAAACUCCGAGUCCGACUUCUAUGAUUCAUAUGACUCGGGAGAUGAUGACACGGACGAGGCCAGCGGCGCCGACAUCCAAGCUGAGGAUGAGAAGCUUUCAGUAAGUAAUGUGCAGUCUCGUAAUGACCAGCAACGCGGAACAGCAAUAUCAUUUCCUUUCAUUGAGCUCUAUGGUAUCGAGUUGAUGGAACUCGUGACACUUAAUGUCACUAUCAAAUGUGAGAGAUGUAGGGAUAUCAUGGAAGUAAAUGGACUUAAGAAUGGCGUUCCAAAGUCAGAAAGCUGCAAGAAAUGUGCUAGCACUCUUACUAUCAACUUCCGUCGAGAUUUCGUUCACGCACAUGCCGUUAGAGCAGGAUUCUUGGAUCUGGAAGGCUGUGCAGCCAUGGACAUGUUACCUAGGUAAUUAGCCCCCCCUUUUUUUCGGCACACUCGCUAAUAGCUCUUAGUACAUUCAUCCCCACUUGUUCAGGAUGUUCUACCACCUACCCACUACCAGGAAUAAUAUCAGUCCAAGGGGAAACAACAAGCAAUAUCUGUCGAGAGUGCCACCAAAAGUUCACCUUCAAGAUCCCGCAAACCAAAUUCCUCCGCAUUUCUCAAACUGAUCGCCUCCCACCGUCAAUUGGACCACGCAAGAAGAAAGAAGUCCUCGGUCUGGUUGCUGGUACCGAGCUACCCAAGCGAGGUCGUUGUCGACAUUACACCAAGUCAUUCCGUUGGUUCCGAUUCUCUUGUUGUCAGAAGGUGUAUGCUUGUGACAAAUGUCAUGAUGAGGGAGAGGAGCAUCCUAAUGAGUGGGCUAAUAGGAUGAUUUGUGGAUGGUGUAGUAGAGAGGGGAAUUAUCGACCGGAGGAUUGUGGGUUUUGUCAUGGGGUUUUGACUGGGAAGAGGGGUGGUGGAUUUUGGGAGGGUGGCAAGGGAACUAGAGAUAAGGUUAAGAUGAGUAGGAAGGAUAAGAGGAAGUAUCGGAGAAUUGGUGGUUCGAAGAGUUGAAGUUGAAAGAUGUCUAGAAUGGUGAUUGACGUUAUUUUGAUUCGUGUGAAGGGACUAUAUUGAAACUGUUAUUUGUAUUAAUAAAAUGUAUCACUUGAAUUUAAU